CAUACUAUUUUCAAUGCUUCGACAAGGCAGCCAACUUCAACCUUUUCUAAACAUAGGAGGAAUUGCAAGAACAUUGGUGAGGUCUGCAGUCAAGGGAAGCAAUCAAUCAAGAUGGCUUAAGAGACAGCAAACCGAUUUGUAUGUAAAAAGGGCCCAUAAGGACAACUAUCGCUGUCGAAGUGCUUACAAAUUGAUUGAGCUCAAUGACAAGUUCCACUUCCUUCAACCAGGAAAAGUUGUGAUUGACUGUGGUGCAAGCCCAGGUUCUUGGACUCAAGUGGCUGUUGACAGAGUGUUAUCACAGAAAUCUGGUUACCAACAUGGAGCUGUAAUAUCUGUGGAUUUACAAGACAUUGAAGACAUAGAUGGAGCAACUAUAUUUUCAAGAUGUGAUUUUACGAGCACAAGUACACAAAAGAGAAUUCUUACAGUAUUGCCUUCAUCUGGUGCUGAUGUUAUUAUGAGUGAUAUGGCUCCAAAUGCAAGUGGAAACCACACAGUGAAUCAUGAAGCUAUCCUGGGUCUGUGUGAGUCAGCCUUGGAUUUUAGCAAAUCAGUUUUGAGGCCUGGUGGGAUUUUUCUUUGUAAACUAUGGGAUGGAUAUGGUACAAAAGAUUUUAUCAAUACACUGGAAAAAAAUUUCCAUCAAGUUCAGAAAUGUAAACCUCAAGCAAGCAGAAGGGAAUCAGCAGAGAUUUAUCUUUAUGCAGAAAACUUUAAAAAAUAAGAAAAAACUUUUUUUUCCACAGACCUUUAUUGCCAGUCACUCAAAUAGGUAUUACAUCAUGCCCCUCACAUAAUUUGGAACUUACAUUUAUACACACUCAAUUCCGCAUGCACCAAAACUGGUUUAACCUAUGCAAUUAGUGGUGAUGGAGAAAAACUGAAGUAAUAGAUUCCAACACUUUAUAUUCACCCAAUUGACUGUCACCUACAAAACAAGAAAGUAUCAACUUGUUCACUGAGUUUGCUGAGUCUUUCACCACCAUGAGGGACCAAGACAUUAUUUAUCCUCACAGUAUUGAUACAAUAUCAAGCAGGCAAGUGACUAGGGAAUUAUCACUGAUCCAACACAUAAUUCUCAGUACAAACUUUGUAAGAAAUAUAUGGCAGACAGAAAGGAGAAUUUUCUUUGAGAUGGUGGCAGUUAAUGGGUUAUAUUUAAUUGAUAAAAGAUGUAGUUAUCUUUAUUUUGAAGUGGAAAAAAGAAACUUGAAAUAAUGUUUUUGAGAACUUGAAAUGCGUUCAGUGGAAACUCUAGGAGGGGGAACACCCUUUGUUACUACAAAAACUGUUCCAAAUUGACAUCCCUUCAGUGAUGGGUUGACAGAUACAAAGAUAACUGCAAUAUUUUUCAGUUGCUACUUAAGUUUGCACUUCCACAAACUUAACAAACUGAGACAAGGUGUUCUCUAAAAAGAGGAAUCUGAAGAGAGGUUCCACCUAGUUACAGGUGUAAGUGUAUUGUACUGUGAUGAUGUAUGCUGUUUGUGAAAGUAUGCUACCAUAGUUAACUUUGCUGGAAUCCUCUAAGGUUUUCUUUGGCAUGUGUCUUUGUCUUCUGGUAAUUCAAACUGAACUUCCUGAUCUUCAUUGUGAAAGUACACUUUGCAUGAUACAAAUAUCUUUAUAACAUAGCUAGUAAAUUUGUCCAAUUAAAUUCAAUUAUGUGAGCGUGCUUCAAAUUCC